AACAAACACCUUUCAUAGGUAACUUGGGUGACUGAUCAUGGGCUUUGUAUGGACAGGAUGAAGCCAAAUCCACGAUGACAUCCGCUCACUCAUCUAAACAGUCCAUCCAACCUCCAUAACUCUCACUUAUAAUGGCCGCUUCGUUUAGGCAAGCUGCCACCUCGGCUUCGAGCUCCUUCGUCGCCCGGCCGACCUUCGAAGUCUCAUCUUCUAUAGUACGAUCAUACUUCCUGGGCCAUCACGCAGGUGCAUUGGCGUCGAUGCGCCAGAAGCUGUCGAACAUCAGUCUCAUCAUCGAGUGUCGGGACAGCCGCGUCCCUCUGACCUCAACGAACCCUCUCCUCGAAUCCGCUCUCGCCGGUCGCGACCGCAUCAUCGUCUACUCCAAGGCCGACCUGAGCUUCCCGCCCUCGGGGUCAAGACACAAGCAGAAACAAGAGGAGCUGCUGCGGAAAUGGCACAUGGAGCGUCGUGGUAUGGGUGUGGGAGUGGUGGGCGAUGCCAGCGGCAUCGGCACUACCGAAGUGGUCUUCACCGAUGAACGCCAGCCCAAGACGAUCCAGCGGCUACUGGACGCCAUGAAGGAUCGCGCCUGCGCCAUAGAUUCACUGACAGGCAUGCGCGCUCUCGUAGUUGGAAUGCCCAACGCGGGGAAAUCGACGCUGCUCAAUGCCAUGCGCCGGGUCGGUAUGAGGAUGGGCAAGGCAGCCAAGACGGGCGCGGAGCCGGGUGUGACGAGAAAAUUGUCCACGCCCGUCCGAGUCAUACCCGAAGACACGGCGGCGGGCAUCGAUUCGGGUGUCUUCGUCACUGAUACACCGGGAGUCUUUGUACCCUACGUCGGGGACCUAGAUUCCAUGCUUAAGCUGAGCUUGGUCGGCUGCGUUAAGGACGGCGUAGUAAGCACGGAGACGAUUGCGGAUUAUCUCCUAUUCCACAUGAACCUUCGGGACCCAUCUCUAUACAAGGAGUUCUGCCCUCCCACCAACAAUAUCUUCGAGUUCUUGGAUGCUGUCGCCAUACGUACGGGGAAGCUUCAAAAGGGAGGCGCACCGGCGCAAGAGCUCGCUGCUAAUUGGGUAAUACAACAGUGGCGCAAGGGAAACCUGGGUCGCUUUAGCCUGGAUGAAGUUACCGAAGAAACCUUACAGAACUGGGCCAAGAUGGGCCAGGCCGCCGGCGUUGGAGAGCAACAGACCAGUUUGAGUCAGGCGCGCAAGAAGGAGAAGGAGGUACGGAAGGCUAGGAAUUUAGCGAAAAGGGAAGCCUCGGGAGCUUGAUUGAUGAAAGGGUUUUGCAGGAAAAGCCCAGCUGGACCAGGAUCGCCUCAUAGGGUUUAUAUCUCUCUUGGGGCGUCCGGCGUGUUCAUGUAUUGAUACAGCACGACAGGUGUUGCAUCCGUUUUAUCUCCGAUAUUGCUUCGGCGUACGUUGGAACAUCGAUCAAAUUCCGCGGCAGAGGCCGCAGGUGUACUGUACUUGUACAAUGUAAACAAUAUGUACAUAUGAUUAUACGGCGCUAAGGCGCCCGAAAAGAACAUCUGCCCUCUUAGGCUGACCGUUAGCCUACGAAGGACAGCGUCGACACCCACUUCAAUACAUCGUUCCUCGGAAUCUGCUUUUCCCCCGUUACAUGUACAGAAACUAUUCAUCUCGACUUUCAUCGCUGAUAGUCCCAGCUUAUGAGAAGCA